CUUGUUGUGAUGCAGGUUUAUCCCUCGGGAGAAAGCAGAAGUCGCAACAAUGAGCUCAAAAACAGCGACACGAAUCGUUUAUCUGUGUGUUUGUAAGGGGAAGAGUUUCAUCUGAACGCGAAGCGGCUGUUAAUAACAGUGUACAAUGAGUGCAAAUGAUGAGCGACAGCGGCGAGAAGGAGGGAGAUAACGAAUGUGUUGAAUUUGAAGUGGAAAGAGCACCGAACUGGAGCAGCUACAAACUGCUUGUUGAUCCGCUGUUGGAUGGUGGAAAGGAAAAGCUGUACCGCUAUGAUGGACUGCAUUUCAGCGCACCUAAUCCUGGAAUUCACCCGCCAGAAGUCAGAGACCCCAGAAUUGCUCGCUUUUGGACCAAGUUUAAAGAGACGAAUCUUCCAGUCCCCAAGUUCAAGAUUGAUGAGAAUUACGUUGGCCCACCAAAGGAGGUGACAUUCGCCAGGCUGAAUGACAACAUCAAGGCCGGGUUCUUAACGGACAUGUGCCGAAAGUUCGGAGAGGUCCAAGAGGUGGAGGUUUUGUUCAAUCCCAAGAAUAAGAAACAUUUAGGGAUAGCCAAAGUCAUUUUUGAAACUGUCCGAGGGGCCAAUGACGCGGUGCAAAAACUUCACAGUACUUCAGUUAUGGGAAACCGCAUUCACGUGGAGUUGGACCCAAGGGGAGAGAAGAGGAUGCAAUAUUUCCAGCUGCUUGUCAGUGGGCUAUAUACACCCUUUACUCUUCCUUUAGGGGAAGAGGCCUGGGGACCACAGUCACCCACCUACAGCUCUGACUCCCACAGUGAGUAUGACCCGGUAAAGCGCCUGUCUCACGGGUUGCUGUCUUCAUCUUCUGCGCUCCUUGGCUCCACCCCAUUUGAUUGCUCCACCCCUAUGUCCAUGGACACAGCCUAUUCCAGCAUGCAUCAGGACACUCCAUGUAGUUUCUGGCAGGAUACUCCACACGGCUCGCCUAUGUCUCAUAGUAACCCGGGAACCCCACCGCACUGCGAGGGUCUUACAAACACAACAGAUACACACACUGACACACACGCCUCAAAAAACAUCCCACAUUCGACUCCAUUCAUCACCUCUGAAUCCCAAUACACCUAUCACAAUCCUCACCUGGUCCAACUAACGCCACCAACGCCAAAUACGAGGCAGGGGUCUUUAAUUAGCAUUACUCAAAUGUCCUGGACCUCUAAAGGGCACAUGGUAUCAGGAGGCCAGUCCCACAAAGUCGGCAGGGCUCCUCGAGGUGGGCACAGGGAUCGUGCAUGGGGCACUAAAUACCAGAACGCAUAUAACCGUAGGCCGGAGCAUCGCUACGUGCACAGACCUGGAUUCAACAGAUCACACUAUCGCUCGGGAUGCACAACCAAUCUAGUGCCUUUAGUUACAUUUCAAGGACCUUCAGCUGCUCAGACACAGCUAGAUACGUCUCUGGCACCUCUUAUCCAAUGUAGUAGUAGCACAAAUAAACCUACAGAACAAACAGCCAUGGAAGCACCUAUAGGAAAUAUGGACAAGGAACCAAGUCAGCCAGUAUCCCAGAUCGGUAACUUGCGUCAAAUACAAACAUUGUGCUCACAGCCAUUGGGGAAAACAUUGGAUAUUCCUCAAAAAACACCUCAUAACAUCUUUAACUCUCCUCCUCAUGUGCCUGAGGUGCAACAGCAGGACACAGCUGUUAUAAAAACCCCAGAACGGUGUGUCUCCCCUGAGCCACACAGAAGCCCCUCAUUGGAGUCACUUCAUCCAGAACCAGUGCCAAGCAGCCUGGAUUCUCGUAUCAAGAUGCUCCUGGGCACUCAGAGUCCAGAUUCAGAAGAGAAUGUGGAGAAUUCAAACUCAGAAGAUUGGGUUUCCGCAGACAUUCCUCAACUGUCCUCCAAAUCUGGUCCCUCUUCUCCUCAAUCCCCUGAUGCCUCACGUACCCUGAAUUUCCCUGCAUCUCCCAGUCACUGUAGCUCCACACAGCAAACUUCACUUACAUUGGGUUUUGAAGACGUGAGUCCUUUUCCACUGCCAGACUCAGCAGAGGAAGGAGAGGAACCUCAACCAAGUAACGAGAAUCUGUCCAAGAUACCCGUCAUUUCAACCUUCUGUUCAAUGAUAUGCCCAGCUCAGCAACCUUUUACGAAUAAGCUGUCCCUAAGAGAAGGAGAAGCUUCGGAGGAGCCCACUGGACCUGGGACCUGCUCUUCACCUGCUCCUCCUGUAUUCCCAGUGCUUCCUCCUCCUGUUCUCCUGCCUCCACCUCCACCUCGCUUUCCUACACUACCACCCCCAGUUUUGCCUCCUAUGUGUGGACCUUCCCCUCCCUUACUGCCCCCUGUACCAGUUCGAAUCACUUCUCCUCCUCCUAACUUCUCUGGAUCUCCAGCACCUUUCUGUCUGCCACCGAAGCUCCCCAUGGGACAAGUGAACAGGCCCCCAAGGUGGACUAACCCUCCUGCACCUCCUCCUUCUGCAGCUCUUCCUAUCCCGACCAGAAUAACCCAGGGGAAAUCCCACACUGUUUUUCCACCUCCUUUUGCCAUCCUUCCUCCCCCGACACCCUUUCCAGGUUUGGACGGAGUCAGACAGGCACCAUGUCCGACUUUUAAUUCAGCUGCUCUCCCUGGCUACAGAGCACCGUGGCCACCCGCACUCCUGCCUGUGUUUGACCCCUCUGUGCCGCCUCCGGGCUACUUACCUGUGAGUGAGUCGCUCCACAAGGCCACGGUGGAUGGAGUGAUGGCUGCUGUAGCUGCAGAACUCAAGGCUAUAGUGAAAAAAGACAUCCUUCGCAGGAUGGUUGAAGGCGUUGCCUUUGCAGGAUUUGAUCAAUGGUGGGAUGAGAGGGAACACUCAGCUAAGAUAUCGAUGGUUCCUUUGAAAUCUGGAGAGAGUAAAGAGAAAGGGCCUGUGAAGCUUAAGGUUUUCGAGCCAUGGCAGACUGUGGAGAGUGUGGGGUCAGAGGGCACAAUACUAGGCACAGGACUGGGUGUGGGCCUCCGCUCUGCCCUCAAACUGCCUUCAUUUAAGGUGAAACGGAAGGAUCCAUCUGGUGAGGACCCUGUGGAGGCUAAAAAGUCAUGUCCCUCCUCUUCGCCUGGUCACACACUCUCAGAGGAAGCAGAAGCAGGGCGGGAGACACACAUGCAGGAUGAAGAAGUGGACGAGCCCCAAAAGGAACAGGGAGUCCCUGUGGUGAAACGGCGUCAUGCCAGACCUCUGGAGCUGGACAGUGAUGAUGACGAGGAACAGGAGGAGGAGGAGGAGGAGGAGGAGAUCUCUGGGAAUAUGGAGGAGUUGGUUUCUGAACAAGAGGAGAGAGAUCAAGCAAAGAUUUCAAUUUCUGAUCAGGAGGAUGAUGACGAGGGAGAAGAAGAAGGUGACAGAAAAGAGGGGAGGUUUUCAGCUGUGAAGGGAGAAGGGAGGCUUUCAGCUGUGAGAGAAGAUGAAACUCACUCAGACAAAGAGGUAAUUAGCAUAGCGUCAUCAGAAUCCUCCUCCAUCGUGGAUUAUGAAUCCACACUCUCCUCAAGAUCUGACUUGAGCUCCUCUGAUGAGAGUCAUUACUCCUCUGAAUGUGAGGAGUAUGAGGAAGACGACGAGGAUGAUGGAGAAAGUCCGUCAUCUGAAGCUCCUGAAGAGGAGAGAGCAGUGGAGGAGAUUUGGAUCUCAUCAGAUGAAGACGUUGAAGAAUAUGUAUCUCGCACACCUGCUCGCUCUUCUGUGAACUCCUGGGAGGACGAGCUCGACCCACCUCUGACUCCGUCUGCUCCACUGUCUAAUGAUGGCGACCCAGACGACACACUGCUAGGCACUGAUCCACAGGAAGAGCUGCGAGUGCAAGUGUUUCUGCACAGCUAUGGCUGCCAGGAUCCAGUCACACAGCACUUAUCUAACAAACUCGAGCUGUCUGACCCUGCUCUGCUUUCUUCAGCCCACGAGCCGGAGCUGCAGCGUCCACCAUCGCCAGCUUAUAGAGAGCUCUCCUCUGAUGAGGGGUUGGAGACAGACCUGGAGGAUCCGGGUUACACAAAUGAAUUACUGGAGGAUUCUGGGAACCUCAGACCCCCCACACCAACAGGGUCUCUGUCAGAAAGCGAGCCCGAGCUCGAGCUCAGGCACGGGUUAGCGCCCCCUGCUGCCGAUGAGGUGGAACUGCCCUGUACUCCUGGAGGAGGUUUUGAAACAGAGACUGAAACUCUUGUUUUAUCCCCAGCUCGUACUACUCCUCUCCCUCUUCCACCUUCUCCCACAGGCUUCCAUCUUUUCCCAUCUCCUCCACUGUACUUGUCUCCUCCUCCUCUCCCAUCCUCUUAUCCUGCCUAUGAGGAAACUCCUAAAACUCCAGGCAGGAAUAACAGAGAGGAGCAGAGACAUCAUACAGCAGCAAUUACGCAAGAUGCAGUACUCAGGAUGGCAAUGCACAGCCCGUUCUCGCCUUCCUUUCUGUCAGUAUCACCUCACACAGGAAGCGGGGUUCCCAGAACUCCAGGACGAGACACGGAUCCGUCCUCACCUCUUUCUGAGGACAGCGAGGCCAAUUUUCAGCAGAGGCAGCAUUGGCAAGGUCGGCGUCCACGCUAUUUGCACCAAUUUCACGUCCACAGCACCAGCUCCUCUCCUUACUCCUCUGAUUCCUCAAGUUCACAGACAAGAGAUUUGAGUUUCUCUACAAAUCAGCUGGCAGGUUUUGAUGUUGCACAUCUCAGAAAGAGAAGAGAACGGAUGCAGCGUAAAAGGAGAAUGAUCCUCUCGCAGAGAAACAGGCGAAACACGGAUGAUUUUCAGCACAUGCCUGUGAGAAGUUCAUUCACUAAAUCAUCAUGUGAUUCAGCUCCAGAUUUGAGCAUGGAAUUGGCAGCUCAGGCCAAAAAGCCACUGCAGGGACUCGAGAACCGAUUAGAAAACAGGCUUCACCAGGGGCCACUGGAGAGCCAGAGACUCCCCAAACCACUGUACCCGUGGAGAAAGAGAAAGUCGUGGCCUCACACUUCUUUGUUUGCCCCUCGGUCCAGACGGAGAGAAAGGCUGCUGAUCGAUGCUGUCUGGACUAAAGGAGUGAACAUGGAGGAGAUUGGCCACCUGAAGGCCACAUAUGAGAGGAUGCUGCUGCAAAACAACACCUUCGACUGGCUCAGAAGCACACACUGGGUUCCCCAUCCUCCGAGCAGCGUUCCUCUGGAAUGGCCACCAAAAUUGCCGGGUGGCGUUCGCUAUCACAUGACUGGGUCUGCACGCACAGAGGGAUUUUACAUCAUCAGCAAGGGGGAUAAACUGCACUACCUCCGACACACACACGCUGCCUCGGGAGAACUGACUGCAGACACUCAGUAUAAGAACGCUCCAGCUCAGCUUCCCUCGUCAUCUCGUUCCGGAUCAGAUUUCCGAGCUGAACAACGGCGCCUGCUCUCCUCCUUCAGCUGUGACAGCGACCUGCUCAAGUUUAACCAACUGAAGUUCCGUAAGAAGAGGCUGCGCUUCAGCAGGAGUCGCAUCCACGACUGGGGAUUGUUUGCAGAGGAGCCGAUAGCUGCUGAUGAGAUGGUGAUCGAAUACGUGGGCCAGAGCAUACGGCAGGUGAUAGCAGACAUGCGUGAGAGACGCUACGAGCAGGAAGGCAUCGGCAGCAGCUACCUGUUCCGGGUCGACCAGGACACCAUCAUCGACGCUACCAAGUGCGGCAACCUGGCCAGGUUCAUCAACCACAGCUGUAACCCAAACUGCUAUGCUAAAGUCAUCACUGUAGAAGCCAAAAAGAAAAUAGUCAUCUAUUCUCGGCAGCCGAUCAGCGUCAACGAAGAGAUCACGUAUGAUUAUAAAUUCCCCAUCGAGGACGAGAAGAUCCCCUGCCUGUGUGGAGCCGAGAACUGCAGAAGAACCCUCAACUAGACAGCGACUGAUUGUGCCGUGCAACAUGAUGUCAUUGUUUUAUUAGCACCUGACUUCCUCCAGCAUGGUGCACUAACCCUUCGUGACUCAUAAAGACAUUGCGAUGCUAUUUUAAUUACCACAAGUGAUGUAAGUAUAUACACAGUCCAUCAGCUACAGUACUCGAGGGACUCGUAAUGAUGUGGUUACUUCUUUUAAGUAGAUAAAUUUAAUAAUUGACACAGUGUGAGUCACAUCUUCAGAGAUAAACAUCCUAACAAAGAGAUGGUUAUCAUUUAAUUAGAAAACUUAACCAAACGUCUGUCUCGGGCUUUAAAUCCAGAGGUCGUGUGUACACAAUUUAUUGUACAGCGCUGUACAGUUGGUUUUCUUUAACACGCAUAAAACAUUUGAAUUCAGAACAUCACACAUCAGUCUGUGUGGUAUUACACUUCAGCAUG